GGAGGGCGGAGGCCCGCACGGGUCCCAUUUAGGCGGGGACGCCGGAGCCUCCGCCUAUUAGAUCGGGACCAUCGGCUCUCUGCAGUUCUUUGCAGCCAUGGGCUUGGAACUCUACCUGGACCUAAUCUCCCAGCCCUGCCGCGCCGUCUACCUCUUCGCCAAGGCAAAUGGCAUCCCCUUCGAAGUGCGGAGCGUGCCGCUGCUGCGGGGGCAGCAUAUGACUGAUGAUUUUGCCAAAGUGAACAGCCUGAAAAGAGUGCCUGCCCUGAAGGAUGGAGAUUUCACCUUGGCUGAAUGUUCGGCCAUCCUGCACUACCUGAGUCAGAAAUACAAUACUCCAGCUCACUGGUAUCCUCCAGAUCUGCAGGCCCGGGCACGGGUGGAGGAAUAUCUGUCCUGGCAUGCCGACUCUAUUCGAGGAACUUUUGGUACAAUGCUAUGGAUUCGGGUGCUUGGCCCUCUUGUUGAUGUCCACGUGCCCAAGGAGAAAGUAGACAGAAACAUAGCCUUCAUGACCCAGCUCCUGCAACAUCUGGAGCAGAAGUUCCUGCAGGACAAGCCUUUCCUCGCUGGUGACCACAUCUCCUUCGCGGAUCUGAUGGCGCUAGAGGAGCUGAUGCAGACCGUCUAUGCUGGUCAUGAUGUCUUCAAAGGGCGGCCCAAGCUGGCAGCUUGGCGUGGGCGGGUGGAGGCCACCUUGGGGGAAAAGCUGUACCAAGAGACCCGGGAAGCCAUCCAUAAACUCUGUACAGAUCCUAGUGCCUUCAAGGACAUCCCUUCAGCCAUGCAGGAAAGGAUGAAGUUACGUCUCAUGAAGAUCCCCUAAUCCAAGGUCUGUGUUUUUAUAUUUUCCAGACAUUCCCAAACAAUGCUGUCUGUACUCUGGCCUACCUCCUUUCUCCUCAUCCUCACUCCAGAUCCUGGACCCUGCCCCUGGGGCAUGGGACUCUGAUGAACUCUCUCCAGAGCUUCAUUACACUUUCCAACUAUUUCCAAACUAUAUGGUUUCAUGUAUUUUACCCCCACCUCAUGGCCUAAUUCCCCUUUUUACCCUCUCAUUAGUGCAUAAAUUUGUUGAUGUCUGGGACAGUCUUGUUUGCUUACUUUUGUAAUCCAAGCAUUUAGCAUAGUGCCUGAUGUAUAGGAAAACCGAAUAAAUGCUUUUUUGAUUCAUUUGUUUAUUCCUCUAUUCACUAAUUCUUUUCUCUCUUUAUAAUGUAUAGAAAUAAACAAUUUCAUUGAUUAAUCACUCAA